AUAGAUUAGAGUCAUUUGAGUCUUCUCACCAAAACCUGGAAAUAGUCCAACUAUGGUGUCACUCUACUCUAAACUUUCCACUGCAAAAUGACUCAUGAUUACAACAUUCAAACAAAAAAUUCACAUUAAAAAAAGGAAGAAUCCUACUCUUUGUUGUAGACUUAAAUCUCUAAAGAAUAAAGUAAUAAACUUACAAAAAGAUAAUAAAAGAUGCGACUUCAUAAAGUUUACCAUCGUUUCCCUUCUUUCUCCUUCACUAUUCAUAACCAAAAUCAUAAUCUUUUCUUCUCACCUCAUAGAUUUUCUCUCUCACCACCUUCUUCUGUUUCUUUAAUACCCUGUAAAUUUCCAAAAUUCCCAAAUUUUCGCCAUUUUAGGAGUGUUGUUUCUGGGGAACCUUUGAACUCUACAAUGAGUAGGCUUCAAAGUAUUGUUCCUGUUGAAGCAGUUGCUGGGGAAAAUGUUGCUGCUGUUGGGUUUAAUGGGUCUGCUUCUAAAUCCCAAUAUGAAGAUGAUUUGGCAGCGAGUGCUGGAUAUCAGUUACCUCCAUCGGAGAUAAGAGACAUUGUUGAUGCUCCUCCCUUGCCUGCAUUGUCAAUUUCACCCCAGAGGGAUAAAGUAUUAUUUCUUAAGCGAAGAUCUUUACCUCCUUUGAUAGACAUUGCUAAACCAGAAGAAAAGCUCGGUGGUAUUCGUGUUGAUGUAAAAAGCAAUACACGGAGUCGAAUGUCAUUUUACACAGGUAUUGGGAUCCAUCAAUUGACGAGUGAUGGUACCCUUGGGCCAGAAAAAGAGGUACUUGGCUUACCUGCUGGUGCUAGGAUCAAUUUUGUUAGCUGGGCAACUGAUGGUCGGCAUCUAGCAUUUACUGUCCGAGUUGAUGAGGAUGAUGGUGGCAAUAGCAAGCUUCAAAUAUGGGUUGCCAAUGUGGAAACUGGACAAGCUAAACCCCUAUUCCUUUCAGCAGAUAUCUAUGUGAAUGCUGUGUUUGACAAUUUUGUUUGGGUGGAUGCCUCUACUUUAUUGGUUUGCACCAUUCCAUCAUCUCGUGGUGAUCCACCGAAGAAACCUUUGGUUCCACCUGGCCCUAAGAUUCAAUCAAAUGAGCAAAAGAAUACUAUACAACUUAGAACCUUCCAAGAUCUGUUGAAGGAUGAAUAUGAUGAAGAUUUGUUUGAUUAUUACGCAACUUCACAACUUGUAUUAGCUUCUUUGAAUGGAACUAUGAAGCCUUUUGGGUCACCAGCUGUGUACACGUCACUGGACCCUUCACCAGAUGAGAAGUACAUAAUGAUAAGUUCAAUCCACAGACCAUACUCUUAUUUAGUACCUUGUGGAAGAUUUCCAAAGAAGGUUGAUUUGUGGACGGCUGAUGGAAAAUUUGUGAGACAACUCUGUGAUUUGCCUUUAGCAGAGAAUAUUCCUAUUGUUCAUAAUAGUGUGCGACAAGGGAUGCGUUCUAUCAAUUGGAGAGCUGACAGACCCUCCACUAUUUACUGGGUGGAGACUCAAGAUGGAGGUGAUGCAAAGGUGGAAGUUUCUCCUCGUGAUAUCGUUUAUACACAAACUGCUGAAGCUAGUGAUGGUGAAGCACCUGAUGUCUUACACAAACUUGAUCUUCGAUAUGGGGGGAUAUCUUGGUGUGAUGAUUCUCUAGCUCUAGUGUAUGAGUCUUGGUAUAAAACGCGGAGAUUAAAAACCUGGGUCAUCUCUCCUGGGAGUAAAGAUGUUAGUCCACGCAUAUUAUUUGAUAGGUCAUUUGAAGAUGUGUAUUCUGAUCCUGGUUCCCCCAUGUCGAGGAGAACUUCAUAUGGAACAUAUGUCAUCGCAAAGAUUCGGAAGGAAGAAGAUGAUGCAACUUACUUGUUGCUGAAUGGUAAUGGUGCUACCCCUGAAGGAAACAUACCAUUCCUUGACUUGCUGGACAUUACUACAGGCAACAAAGAAAGAAUAUGGCACAGUGACAAGGAAAAGUACUAUGAGUCAGUCGUUGCCUUAAUGUCUGAUCAUAUUGAAGGGGAUAUAUUUGUCAACCAAUUGAAAUUACUUACUUCAAAGGAAUCUAAAACCGAGAAUACUCAGUAUUAUAUACAAAGCUGGCCAGAUAAGAAGCCAUUGCAAAUUACCAACUUCCCCCACCCAUAUCCUCAGCUAGCUUCUUUACAAAAAGAAAUGAUCAGGUAUGAACGUAGUGAUGGGGUGCAGCUUACUGCAACAUUAUACUUGCCUCCCGGGUAUGACCACUCGAAAGAUGGGCCUCUUCCGUGUCUUGUCUGGUCUUAUCCUGGAGAAUUUAAGACCAAAGAGGCUGCUGGGCAAGUACGUGGGUCUCCGAAUGAGUUUGCUAGCAUAGGUUCUACCUCGCCUCUUCUCUGGUUGGCUAGAGGGUUUGCUGUUUUGUCGGGACCUACAAUUCCUAUCAUUGGGGAGGGUGACAAGGAAGCAAAUGAUAGUUAUGUAGAGCAACUCGUUGCUAGUGCUGAGGCUGCAGUGCAAGAAGUCAUCCGGCGUGGGGUGGCUCAUCCCAACAAGAUAGCGGUCGGAGGUCACUCUUAUGGAGCGUUCAUGACGGCUAACCUCCUGGCACAUGCUCCUCAUCUGUUCUGCUGUGGAGUUGCUCGAUCUGGAGCUUAUAACCGAACUCUUACACCAUUUGGAUUUCAGAACGAGGAUAGAACACUUUGGGAGGUGACAAACACUUACAUAGAAAUGAGCCCGUUUAUGUCAGCCAAUAAGAUUAAGAGGCCUAUUUUGCUUGUUCAUGGAGAAGAAGACAACAAUUCAGGAACAUUGACUAUGCAGUCAGAACGGUUCUAUACUGCUCUGAAGGGUCAUGGGGCUCUUUGCCGCUUAGUAAUUCUUCCUUAUGAGAGCCAUGGCUAUUCAGCAAGAGAAAGCAUCAUGCAUGUUCUUUGGGAGACAGACAGGUGGCUACAAAAGCAUUGCGUUUCAAACACAUCUGAAAUAAAUGCAGACAUUGGCUCCCUUAAGAAAGAAGAUAGUGCAGAAAAUGCUGAGAGCAAAGUGAUUUCUGCCACUGGUGGUGGUGUUGCAGAGAUGGAGGAACCAGAGAACGGUGGCUCCUCUCUUCGAAGGUCAUUUUUAUGAAUGCAUUUGGAGCUUUAAUAGUAGCACUAAGCGAGCUUUAGCAUGGAUUCCGAGCACUCCAAGGAGAUAAGAAUAAGAUGACGAAACACGAUAAGAAAGAUGAAUCAUCCACUCUGCUAAGUUGUUUCAACAGACCAAAACUUUCAACGUGGUCUGCAUUUUUUCAGCUGUCCCUUAUAAAGGAUAGAAAUUAUGGCAUUGAUUCAAAUUUAGUUUCAUUGAAACUACUCCAGUACUCCACUGUUAAUUUACACAAUAAUAAUACUGUUAUUGAGGAGAGAUUCAUAGGAAAGAGUGCAAGUUUAUUCAACUGGAUGUAAAUCAUCAAAUGGAACAAUUUCCAUCUGUUUCUUUGUAAUACUAGUGAUAAAUUUCUUCAAGAGGCUUCAAUUUCUAUAAUGAUUGUGAAACA